AUGAAAAUAUCAGAUUACAUCCCAACUGAUCUCAUUAAGGAGAUAUUCUUGAGGUUGCCAACAAAGUCUAUCGCGAGGUUCCGUUGCCUGUCCAAGCUAUGGCAACAUGGUAACUGGAUCUUCUUCUCGUCGCCUCAGCAUCAGUAUAAUAAGUCGUCUCUUGUAGCAGCCACCGAUUUUCAUAUAAAGUUCUCUGGAGACAUAAGCCGAUACAUAUGUAGCCACGCCUCUGGUUUGCUCUAUUUCCAAGGUAUGAAUAUCUCAAAGGAUGGAGAUGAUGAGGUUAGAGUGCCUAUGAUAUGUAAUCCGAUCACGGGAAGAUAUGCGAUCUUACCUAAACUGAGAAGCAACAAGGAGCAGAUAAGCUUUUUAGGGUUUGAUCCCAUUGACAAGCAAUUCAAGGUAUUGUUCAUAUCUCAUCCAUAUUAUUGUGAUGAUGACUAUAAGAUUCUGACGUUAGGAACUGGAAAAAUGAGGUCAGAGAAAUUCAAGUUUGUAGACGCAAAAUUCUGUGGGAGUAGUCCAUCAGAUAUUAUAUUGGUAAACUAUAAGGGGAAAUUAGGUGGCAUUGUUUUGAAGCAUGUUUCCUUUUGUGGAUUUUCCCUUGAGUUGUGUAUGUGGGUUCUAGAGGAUGUUGAGAAACAUGAAUGGUCCAAGUGUGUCUACUAUUUGUGGGAUGACAAUGAAGUCAUUCAUGUUUCCUACUAUCUUUCCGUUGCCGGUAUGACUACUACAGCUGAAAUUGUUUUGUCGACGGACUAUGCAUUUAAGCCGUAUUAUGUUUACUAUUUUAAUCCCGAAAAGAACAUUCUCCGAAGAGUUGAAAUCCAAGGUUUUGAAGAAUACGUUGAUGUCUUCAAGAUUAGGGGUAAAGUUUUUGCCUUUGUAAACUAUGUAGACGAUCUUUAUCUCAACGAUACAAAGCAAUUCAAGUCAAGCCUUUUACACCAAGGCCUAUUUAACUAUCAUUCGGAAAAAGGCCAAUACCAAAGCGUCUUGUUCCAUCAGUGA